AUGGCGAUGCAAUUGGACCUGUCUCAGGCGCAGGUGUUGAAGGACGAAACAGGCCGACCGUUCAUCGUGGUGCGAGACCAAGGCAAGAAACAACGAACGCACGGCACAGACGCGGUCAAGCAACACAUUGUGGCAGCGAAGACUGUAGCCAGCAUUGUCCGAACGUCGCUCGGUCCUCGAGGGCUGGACAAGAUCCUCAUUUCACCAGAUGGAGACAUCCAAAUAUCCAACGAUGGCCGCACGAUCAUGUCAGAAAUGGAACUGUCGAACCCGAUUGCGAAAUUGAUGGUCGAGCUGUCCAAAUCUCAAGACGAGGAAAUCGGUGACGGAACCACCGGUGUCGUCGUGUUGGCCGCGGCGCUGUUGGACCAGGCGGCCGAUCUGAUCGACAAGGGCAUCCAUCCCAUCCGGAUCGCCGACGGCUUCGACCAAGCGUGUGAGGUUGCCGUGGCGCAGCUGGACAAGAUCAGUGACGAAAUUCCAUUUUCGCGAGAAAAUCAGGAGAACUUGAUGAAGGUCGCCAAAACGAGUCUGGGCAGCAAGAUUGUCAGCAAGGCCCAUGAUCAGUUUGCCAAGAUUGCCGUCGACGCCGUCAUGUCGGUCGCCGACCUGGAGCGCAAGGACGUGGAUUUCGAACUGAUCAAGGUCGACGGCAAGGCCGGCGGAUCGAUAGAGGACUCCCUGCUCGUCAAAGGCGUCAUUGUCGACAAGGACUUUUCGCAUCCGCAGAUGCCGAGCGAGGUCAGAGAUGCGAAGAUUGCCAUCCUAACGUGUGCGUUUGAACCCCCCAAGCCCAAGACGAAACACAAGCUCGAUAUCUCUACGGUGGAGGAAUUCAAGAAGCUGCAGGACUACGAGAAGAACAAGUUUGUCGAGAUGAUCGAUAUGAUCAAGGCCACUGGCGCCAAUCUGGUCAUAUGUCAAUGGGGGUUUGAUGACGAAGCCAACCACCUCCUUCUGCAGAACAAGCUUCCUGCUGUCCGAUGGGUCGGCGGCCCCGAGAUCGAGCUAAUAGCCAUUGCCACCAACGGACGAAUCGUGCCGCGCUUUGAGGAUCUCAGCAAAGAGAAACUCGGCCGGGCUGGUGUGGUCAGGGAAAUGACGUUUGGUACGACACGGGAGAAGAUGCUGGUGAUUGAAGAGUGCGCCAACACUCGAGCCGUCACCGUGUUUGUGCGAGGGAGCAAUAAAAUGAUCAUCGACGAGGCCAAGCGGUCCCUCCACGAUGCUCUUUGCGUGGUGCGAAAUCUCGUCAGAGACAACAGAGUCGUCUACGGCGGUGGAGCGGCCGAGAUUGCCUGCUCGCUGGCCGUCGAGGACGCGGCUUCCAAGUCGCCGGGACUCGAACAGUACGCCAUGAGAGCGUUCGCCGAUGCUCUCGAUGCCAUUCCCAUGGCUCUCGCCGAGAACUCGGGCUUGAGUCCCAUUGAGACCCUCGCCGCUGUAAAGUCACGGCAAGUCAAGGAACAGAACACCCGGUUAGGAGUCGAUUGCAUGGGCACGGGCACCAACGACAUGCGUGCCAACUUUGUGAUUGACCCGUUGAUCGGAAAGCGUCAGCAGCUACUUCUUGCAACUCAGUUAUGCCGGAUGGUCUUGAAAAUCAACAAUGUGAUUGUAACAGGCAGUGACGAAAAUGAGUUUUAG